AUGCGUUACGCACUUGUUGCUCCUGCCCUUCUGGCCAUUACUGCCCUUGCGGCUCCUGUCCCCAACCAGGACGAUGUCAUCGGCACACUCGGUGCUGCUGUGAAUGUUGGUGGCGCAGACACCACUGGGGUCUCUUCUAAGCGUGGCACUGAUGAUGUUAUUGGCACCCUUGGUGCUGCUGUCAAUGUUGGCGGCGGAAGCACUACUGGUGUUUCCUCCAAGCGUGACACCGACGAUGUCAUCAAGGACCUAGGUGCUGCUGUCAACGUUGGCGGUGCAGACACCACCGGCAUCGCUAAGCGCUCCGAGGAAGAUGUCAUUAAGGACUUAGGUGCUGCUGUCAAUGUUGGUGGCGCAGACACCACUGGCAUUUCUUCCAAGCGUGACACAGAUGAUGUGAUUAAUGACCUCGGCGCCGCUGUCAACGUUGGCGGUGAUAAGACCACCGGUAUCAGCCUCAAGCGCUCCGAGGACCUUACCAUCGACGACCUCACUGUCAACAACCUUGACGUCCCCCCCAAUGUCAGCAUCAAGAACAUCCCUCGCUCCGAAGAUUUAAGCGUGGAGGAUGUCGUCCCUCUCAAUGCCGGUAUUCCUACCAUUCUCCGCCGUGGCGAUGGAAUCGAUGAACAGGAGGAAGAAAGCAACAAGGGCAUACUAGGCCUCGGAGUUCUUGGUCUCAAGCGGGACAAUCCCCUGCUCGUCGACGGCGACGAAAACGAUAGUGACGGCUUGUUGGGUCUCGAUCUCCUGAAGCGGAAGGAGGAAACCUCUAUUGGAGGAGUUGGUGGCUUUGAUAUCGGAACCCCGGUCCUCGAUGCUGCUAACAUUUGA